GUUGCUAUGACUUUUCAUUCGAAAGUUAUAAGCUUUUUUUCCACGGGCCUUCUUUUAAAAUUCCGAUAGUAAUAUUGAUAUUCGACCUUUAUGUGCAGCUGAUGAACCGGAAUUAAUUAAAUUAUAUGAAAAUUUUGGUUCGAAAUGGUUAUCGGAAUGUGUUCAAAGAACUUUAGUUUAUAGAGGAAAAUGUUUUUCAAUAGAACGAACAAAAAAAUUAUAUGAUUUUAUUAAUCAUCGUUUAGAUAUGUUAUUUGGUGAAACAUUAGAAAAUAUUGAUGAAAAACGUUUUCAAUUAUUAAAAACAAAUUUAUCUGUUUAUGAAUCUGAACAAAUACAAUGUCAAAUAACAUUUCAAAAUAAAACAAUAACAUUAAAUUCAAGUGAAUAUCUUCCAACACUUGAUUAUAUUGAUAUAUCAACUGAAUUAACAAGAUUUGUUUAUAAAAAACCACUUGAUACAUUGGUUCAUUCUAUUAGUGAUAAACUUUCAUCAGUAUUAGAAACACUUAAAAGACGAGGUACUCCUGUUGAUCGUUUAUUAAAAGUUAAAGAACAACAACCAAUUAAUUUUAAACUACAUAUUCAACAACAGCAAUUACCAUCCCUCAUCCCACCACCCCAACCUCAACAAGCACAACAACAAUUACCACCAAUAGCGCCACCACCUUUAUUCGUUCCAUUACAAAUUCCAUCUCAAUCUCAAUCUACUCGAAAUCCUUCAAUUGAAAAUAUUCAAAGUCGAAUAGAAAGAGAUCGUAUAAAUAAUUUCGAUCAAUAUAAGUUCAACGAUGAUAAUGAUAUAAGUCGUAGUAUGAUAUCAUCAAAUCGGCCUUAUUCUCAAAAAGAAUUUAAUCAAACAGAAACAAAUCGUCAUGAAAUAAAUAAUUCAUGUGAAUUCAUUCCAUCAUCAAAUAUGAUUCGUUAUGAAAAUCUUCUUCAUGGAAUCCCACUUUAUAUUGAUAAAAAUGUAAUUAUAACUAAUUUAAUGAUUGAUCAAGGUAAACAACUUGCAUAUUUAUUAUCUCGUCUUGCACAACAAGUAUUUAAUCUUCCUGUACAAACAAUACAUCUAUUUCGUGAUAUUGAUAGUGCACGUAUUGCAUUCAACAGUAAUGGUUCACUAUUUUAUAAUCUUCGUUAUUUUGAACAAGUAUUUGCUGAUGAAUUAAAAAUACAUAUUGAAAAUGGUUCAUCAUUAUCAUCAUCAUCAAAUCCAAUUGUUCGUCGUAUAGUUAAUUUUUAUUUUAUGGUAACUUGUCAUAAAUUAUCACAUAAUAUUGAUUCAAAUCAUGAUUUAAAUUUUAUUAAUCGUCUUGAAAGAGCUUCCGUUAGAUUUAUGGAUGCGAAAGAUUUAUUUAUAUCGAAAUUCUCUUUUUAAUAACAAUUGUCAAAUAUCUUUGUGAUUAUUUUUUUUUUGUUUUAAAAUAAAUAAACUUAUAUUUACUCGAAGAAGAAAUAAAAAGAGAUGAUUUUAUUAUUUUUUAGUGUAUUAAAUCUCUCACUUUACAUCCUGUGAGGAAAAAUAUCGGAUACAACUCUUGAUGGUGUCCAUCUCACACUAUUAAAUACGCCAUAUCUUUAAAAACAAAAAUUAAAUAUUCUACUGUUUUCUCAACUUAAGAUAUAUAACGUAUGAUGCAAAAGUAAUGGCACAAAAUGUUGACUCCUGUUUCUCUUUGAUAGGAGGACGCCCAAAAAAACUUUUUUUUACCAAAAGAUAGAGUUUGUUCUCCUCUUUCGAAUUGUAUAAUAGUUUGUUUUUAUAGUACAUUUGAAAGUGAAACGACGCAAUAAAAAAGAAAGACAUCUUCAAAACAAAUCCGUAUUUUUCGUGAAACUUAAAAAAAACAGCGCAAAAUCUUGAUUCCUAUAUCUCUCGAAUAACUUCUCAAGAAGUACAUCUUGAACCGAAAGUUUUGACAUCAGCUGAUAGGAAAGGACCCGCACAUUUUGUACGCAAAUCUACCACCCCUAAAACAUAUCAUUUUUAUGUUAUGGUUUUGUGGCUUGGACCUUCACAUAUGAGACGAUUGCAAGCCAUUUGUACAAUUCAGAAAAAAAAAUGGCUAAGCUUAUAUCUUGCAGAAUUCUCAACCAAAUUCAAUAAUUUUAUCAGAGUAUAUUCUUCACAAGUAGGGCUAGUUUAACUGCUAAAAUCAGUCACCUAGCUGUUAUCUAGCAAUAGAGGGCAUGAAAAAGAGGUCGCUUUUCCACUGAAAUUCCACACGGUCAUGUCCAAUGGCGGUAAAUUAAGUUAAUUUUUUUUCUGUUAAGAAUAUGUUUUAAAAAUUUAUUCUAACUCAUUAGUGUCUUCAUGAGACUCGCUAUAAAAUGCACUAUUUGAUUUAGCCAAGUAGCGUUUAUUUUAUUUGUACCCGCUCCAAGUAUUACUGGCCAAAGAUUUGGUCAAAAAUGUCCCGUCACGCUGUAAAUUGUUUUUUUCCUAAUGAAAGCUCCAACGAAACCUCACUCAAUUAUAGCCAAAAUGUAGCCCCGAGGGAAAGAAAUAAGAUCCAAUUUGAAUGAAAUCUAUAGUAUUUUUUAUUGGAACAAAAAUUAAAAAACUCAGUCCUCAAACAGGGGUCUUCCUCGCUAAAUGUCCCGUCACGUUUUUUUUUCGUUUUUUAUGUAUCUCAAGUUCUACUGCAUAAAAAUCAGAAUAAUUUUCAGCAAAAGUAGAACGCUAAAUAUAGAAGGGAUACUCCAAAUUUGAGCUCUUAAUCAUUUGUCGUUCCGGAGAAAACUCAAGGGGGAAAAGGCGAUACUCCAUCUGCUUCAAAGUAAAUUUUGGAGUACAGCAGAGUACGCUUGGAGUAGAGUGGAGUACGCUUGGAGUAGAGUGGAGUACGCUUGGAGUACUGAUGGAGUAGAGUGGAGUAUCACUGGAGUACGACUGGAGUAAAGUGGAGUAUCACUAGAGUAGAAUGGUAUAGCGUGCAAGGAAGAAAAGCGACACUUCAUCUA